AUAUUUGACUAACUAAUCUGUGCAAAGAGUAUUGAAUCUGUGUUUUAAACCUCCGCUAUGACUUCCUCAUAUUCAUAUCCUGAAUUAUUUUUGGCGGGUUUUAUAUUUACCUUACCUUUUUUAUAUGAAAAGAGUAAUGUUUUUCGAUAUUACCUGAAGUUCUUCGUUUAUUAUGCUUACGUAUUAGUUACUUGUACCAUAUUAUUACCUGUAGUGUUAUUAUAUCCCAGGGAUGUUACAAACCUAAUAGUUGCUUCCAGAUUUUGUCGUUAUGCUUCAUACAUAGUGGGAAUAGAAUGGGAAUUAAGAGGCAUGGAACACUGGGACAAUGAGCAGUGCUACAUUGUAAUAUCUAAUCAUCAAAGCUCAUUAGAUAUAUUGGGUAUGUUUGAGAUGUGGCCACGAAUGAAACGCUGCACAGUUGUUGCAAAGAGACCAUUGAUGUUUACUGGUGCCUUUGGAUUUGGAGCUUGGCUUUCUGGGCUUGUAUUUAUAGACCGUCUAAAAACAGACAGAGCUCGGACAUUAAUGAGGGAAGCCACUGAGCGUGUUAUACAAGAAAAGACAAAAUUGUGGGUCUUUCCUGAAGGAGCUAGAUUUAACAAAGGCAGUAUACAGCCUUUCAAAAAAGGUGCCUUUUAUUUAGCAAUUGAUGCUCAAAUUCCUAUUAUGCCAGUUGUAUUUAGCCAAUAUUAUUUCUUGGACAAUGAGAGCAAAACAUUUGAACCUGGAAAAGUAGUUAUUACAACUUUACCUCCAAUACCCACCAAAGGAAUGACUCGUAAUGACUUAGAAGCACUGUCUGAGCUAGCACGUGAACAAAUGAUGGAAGUUUUUAAUGAGAGCUCAAAGGAUUUGGUAGUACAAAGCAAAAUUGUGGUAUAA